CCCAACCAGACACAAACUGGACUCAGUAUCCACACAUGUAAUAUCCAUUCAUCAACUCGAAUAAAUUAAGUAACUGCUGCCUGCUGCCAUGGAGAUGUAACAAACGCCUUCUUCCAAACAGCACAACAAUGGCGGUUUCAUCACUUCCAUUCUCAUCGCCUACCUUAUCCACAAGGUUGAAUCUACCAUUGAAGCCUUCUUGUUCUUCAUGUUCUUGGCCAACCAUCAUUGCAUCCUCAAAAAAUUCAUCUCUUGAUCAACAAACAUCAGGAAAUUGCAAGAGAAGAUCACUACUAAUAGGAGUUGGAGCUUCAAGUUUAUUGCCUACAAAACUUCUAUUGGCUCAAGAGAAACCAGCAAACUAUGAUGAAUUUGUUGACUUACAAGAUGGUUACUCCUAUUAUUAUCCCUCAGAUUGGAGGGAAUUUGAUUUUAGAGGACAUGAUUCAGCGUUCAAAGAUCGAUAUUUGCAACUACAAAAUGUGAGGCUUAGUUUCAUACCAACCGAUAAAACAGACAUCCAGGAUAUGGGCCCCAUCGAGAAGGUUGUAGCCAAUUUGGUGAAGCAUGUUUACUCCACACCAACUCAAGUCCCAGAUGUAUUUGAUAUGCAAGAGAGGACCACAGAUGGUAAAAGAUAUUACACGUUUGAGUACACGCUAACAUCUCCAAACUUCUCCCGUGCAGCCUUUGCAACCAUAGCAGUCGGCAAUGGGAGAUACUACACGCUAAUUGUUGGAGCAAAUGAGCGAAGAUGGAGAAGAGUGAGAAACCAGCUUAAAGUGGUGGCGGACUCAUUCAAGGUGCUCGAUAUCUGAUAUUGAGUGAUAUCGUCUGUAUAUUUAGUUUUCCAAAGUACAAUCCACAAAGCCUAAUGUACUCUUAAAGCAGCAUACAAGCAGUAACAGAAAAAAAAAAAUUAAAAUUAAAAUUCAA